AGGGAUGCCAGAUCGCCCUAGGAUACAUCAGCUGUUUUAUUUGUUUUCAUUUACUGAUUAAAAUGAGCUCACUACUAUUCGAUAUUAAAUUAAAGAGAGAGAAUAAGGUUUACCAUGAAAAUGACAUGCUAUUGGGCUGCGUGCAGUUUCAGUGCUCACAGGAGACAAAACAUGAAGGAAUUAUUUUGUAUCUGGAGGGAAUCGUUAAUCUCCAAUUAAGUGCUAAAACCGUUGGGCUUUUCGAUGCUUUCUAUAAUUCGGUGAAACCCAUUAAUCUGCUCCAGAAUAGUCUGGAGUUAUCUGCGCCCGGGAAACUCAGCGCCGGCCGUUCGGAGUUCCAUUUUGAACUGCCUUUGGUGUGCAAAAAGGAACCACGGAUUCUUUAUGAAACAUACCACGGUGUUUUCAUCAACGUGAAUUACCAACUCACUUGCACUGUAAAAAGGAAUUUUCUUGGCAAAUCCAUGACCAGAAUUCAGCAGUUCUGCGUGCAAUACAAGCCACUGGCUUUGGGCGAGGAUUCAAGGAGAGUGGUUCCUUUCAGUUUGAGUCCGGAUUCAUUGCAGAAGAAUGCCAGCGCCAAGGAGAGAUUGUCCAUGCCGAGAUUCCUCAUCACAGGGCGUCUGGACCGGAGCGAGUUCUGCGUAACAACUGCGAUUACUGGCAGCAUUAUGGUUCAGCACACGGAGGCGGCCAUUAAGUCCAUUGAGAUGCAGUUGGUGCGUGUGGAAACCUGCGGAUGCGACGAGGGCUACUCCAAGGAUGCCACCGAAAUCCAGACCAUUCAAAUAGCCGACGGCAAUGUGCUGCCGAAGCUGGAACUACCCAUCUAUAUGGUCCUGCCAAGAUUGUUCACCUGCCCCACUUUGCUCACCAAGAAUUUUAAAAUCGAGUUUGAACUUAAUCUGAUUGUUGUGUUUAAAGAGGACUACACGGUUAGCGAGAACUUCAAAAUAGUCCUAAAACGUUCGGCAGGUCCUCUUCCCAGCAAAGUAACUACCGCUGGACGCUGAAUGCAUAAACUUUGCAAUAUGGCAGCUAUUUUUGAACAUAAAGGUAAAAACAAACUCGAAAGUGUAAAACAAAAUACAUUUUUUCACCUAAAUAUACAUACAUAUAUUUCAAAUAUGUAUCAUAUAUAAAUUGAUUUAGUAUAUAAUUGAUAUAAUUGUGUGUUCUGUAAGAAUCCAAUGCGUGUGCAAAAUAAGAAAUGAAUAUCUACCGCUGGACGCUGAACGAAUUAUCUUCGCAAUAUGGCAGCUAUUUUAUGAACAUAAAAGUAAAAACAAACUCGAAAGUGUAAUAAGGAAAAAACCUUUUUUCACCUAAGUAUACAUACAUAUAUUUCAAA